GUGGUAACAGUUGCAUCCCUUUCUAAAAUUAUGCACAGUGCAGUAUAAAUAGGAAAACGAAAAGUAGAAGCUAUAAAUACACAGGCGCUGCCAAGUUGGUAUGGAGAAAAAACUAUAGUCCAGACCAAGACCGGAAGUUCUCACACAGGCUAAGUCUAUCAGUCCACAUACCACGGCCGGAAGUUUUCACAGGUUGAUAACACUUGAUUAGAAUAUUUUAUAGCCCAGACAAAUGUCUUUGGAUCGACUUUUCCCGUGUGAAAUAGACCUGACAAUAAACGAAAGAGAGCUAGCGUUUAUUCAAACAGGAAUUGAGUCACUGGUUAGACAAAUUUAUGAUGUGAUUGAUACACACGCACAACCUCUUCUAGAAUGGCAGAAAAUGAAGUUAAGAGAAGUGUCCAAGUUGGAUUUAGUUGAAAGAGAUACUAUAGAAUACAUUUUAAAAGUUGGAAGUUUCUACGACAGAACAAAAAUUAUUUACCCCGAUGAGUUUGACUUUAUAUUGGUGUUUGGAACUUUUGAAAUGCCGAAAGACGACAUCGCAGAUCAUUUGUUUGGCUUUGGAUCGCUACACCUGUAUGACGAAAUUAAGAACAUUUUGACCAAAAAGGAAGUAUCCGAAAAUCUUUUCUACAAACAGAAUGAAUCUGGAUCAAGAAUAGUCUUUGGUGAAUUUGUUGCGAAUAACGGUCCCGCUGUCAAGCUGAAAUUCUAUUAUUUCAAACACGGCUGUAAUGCAAAAGAACUAUAUGUUGAUCUUGUGCCAGUCUUUAAAGUUUUGGACGAGCAUCUUGAUUUGAAGGUAGAUAAAAUGUGUAGUUUACCAGAAUUUGCAAAUGCUGUUGUGAACACUGGAAGCUUUUUGAUAACCAGAUACAGCAUCUCUUUUACAGAAACCGAGGUUGAAUUUAUAAGGAACCGAUUAUCGCCGCAGCAUAUUAAAGCAUACAAAAUACUAAAAUACCUCAUCAAUGGCAAUAACGAUGGUGAACGGUUGAAUAAUUAUUGCGCACCCAGAGAUCUGGAUAACAUACAUAUAUCUUCAUAUAAAAUAAAGACGUGUAUGAUAUUCCACCAGAAUGUUUGCGCAAAUGAAAGUAGCUCUGUUGUAAGAUGCAUCUGUGACGUUCUGUGUGAUCUCUAUACCUGCUGGAAAAGCAGAAGGUGGCGUAACCUAGUUCAAGGUUUAGAUAACAACAUACAAUAUCGUGGAAGCUAUAGAAAUCUAAACCGAGGUCGAAGACACCGUAAGAGAGGGGGUGAACUUCUAGUAAAUAUUUUGAAAGAAAUGACAAUGUUAAAUACAUUCAACGACUGCAGAUUUAAAGUAUCAAUAGAACCAUGGGCGAUUUCGAUACUUCGGGAAAUUGAAGUGAGGACCGUUAUGGAGGAAACGUUACAACAUUUGGAAUUUCAUUGUUACAGACAACAGCAUAGCAUUUCCCAUGGAAUGUGAAAUGUCUAAAAACUGUUGCACAAAUGUACGAUCAUCCUAAAUGUACUGUGAAGAAUUGUCUUAAAAUAUAGAUGUAAAUAGGAUUGUAUGACUUGUAUUAAAAGGAGAUAUUUUUUAUAAAGAUCAGCAUUUUGUUUAAGUAAGUUCAAGACAUAACUUUAGAUUUUUUACUUUCAUCUUUAUUAAACACCAAACAUAUACAUCAAGGUACAUUGUAUACUCUAAAAUGCAUUUCAAUCAGAAGAUCAUCUCAAAUGCCAAUGGUGGUUCACUGUAACUUAAUAGUGGUUCACUGUAACUUAAUUAGAAGUACAUGCAAUUAAUUCUUUUACUGGGAAACAAUCUAAUGUUUAGGUGGUUGUGGUGGGUUGGAAAACAUAGAUUCUUCUGUAAUUCUUUAAACUUUGUAAUUUUUAUCUGUGGCAUGUAGUAUAAUAUUAAUGACAAACGAAUUGUUGCAUAGAAUCGCUGAUUUGGAAAUUAAAUAUAAACGUUCGAAAAGAAAUCAACAAAAUAUUUUUUUUCUCUUCCUUUGAAAACGGACUUGUGAAAUGUGAAAUGACUAACAAAUGAAACUUUCAGUAACCCAUUGUAUAACUGUACUUGCACUUUUACAAGUUAUGUUACUAAGUAUUUGUUGUUGUCUUUUUGUAUUUCACAAAGUCAGAUAUACAUUUUACAUUAAACUAUGUAUAAAAGAAGAUCCUAUUUUUGCACUGUUCAGAUCGUAAGUUUCCAGUUAUUUGUAAGAAAGUUUUGUCCUAGAUAUCGGGGACACUUCUGUACGACUAGCGCUGUCCGGAUAGCCAGGAUACGAGUUGUCUUUUCUUGUAUAUGGAUAUGUAAACCAUGAAGAAUGUUGUUUUGACAGAUUAGUGUCUGUGAGUGUUAUUUUCGCUCAAACAUUUUUAUCUAGAAUGAUAAAAACUGCCAUAUCAUAAAUAUGUCUCCCCCAUCCCCACUGGGGGAAACAUAUUGUUGUUGCCCUGUCCGUCCGUCCGUCACACUUCAUUUCCAAUCAAUAACUGGAGAACCAUUUGACCUAGAACCUUCAAACUUCAUAGGGUGGCAGGGCUUAUGGAGUAGACGACCCCUAUUGUUUUUGGGAUCACUCCAUUAAAGGUCAAGGUCACAGGGGCCUGAACAACCAUUUCCGAUCAAUAACGUGAGAACCACUUGACCCAGAAUGUUGAAACUUCAUCGGAAGAUUGGUCAUGCAGAGUAGAUGACCCCUAUUGAUUCUGGGGUCACUCUAGAAAAAGGGCAAGGUCACAGGGGCCUGAACAUGGAAAACCAUUUACGAUCAAUAACUUGAGAACCACUUGACCCACAAUGUUGAAACUUCAUCGGAUGAUUGGUCAUGCAAAGCAGAUGACCCUUAUUGAUUUUGGGGUCACUCUACUAAAGGUCAAGGUCACAGGGGCCUGAACAUGGAAAGGAAAGCCAUUUCCGAUCAAUAACUUGAGAACUACUUAACCCAGAAUGUUGAAACUUCAUAGGAUGAUUGGACAUGCAGAGUAGAUUCAAUGGGGGUCACUUUAUUAAAGGUCAAGGUCACAUGGGCCUGAAUAUGGAAUACCAUUUCCGGUCAGUAACUUGAGAACCACUUGACCCAGAAUGUUGAAACUUCAUAUUUAUUAGGAUGAUUGGGCAUGCAGAGUAAAUGACUCCUAUUUUUUAUGUUGGGGUCACUGUGUUAAAUGUCAAGGUCGCAGCUAACAGAACAUGGAAAUCCAUUUCUGGUCAGUAACUUGAGGACCACUUGACCCAGAAUGUUGAAACUUCAUAGGGUGAUAGGACUAACAUAGUAGAUGACCCCUAUUGUUUUUGGGGUCACUCCAUCAAAGGUCAAGGUCACAGGGGGCUGAACAUAGAAAACACAUUUCAAUCAAUAACUUGAGAACCACUUGACCCAGAAUGUUGUAACUUGAUAGGAUGAUUGGACAUGCAGAGUAGAUGACCCCUACUGAUUUUGGGGUCACUCGAUCAAAGGUCAAGGUCACAGGGGCCUGAACAUGGAAAACUGUUUCCAAUUCAUUACUUGAGAAUCACUAGGCCCAGAAUGUCGAAACUAUGUGGGAUGAUUGGACAUGCCAAGGAGAUGAUCCCUAUUGCAGCCAGCCAUCAGUGUCUCUUUGACUUGUACUCCUGUCCCCUACUGACUUCUUGCCUAUACGACUAUACAUUGGGGGAGACAUGCGCUUUUCUACAAAAGCAUCCUCUAGUUAAAACAUGUUUACGUAUUUUCAGUAUUGUAUUACAAGCACUAUUGAAGUAAAUCAGCAUCUUGAAGAUGUAUAUACAAAUCUUCAAAGCAAGUGGUUACAUUGCCGAAAAAUAUUUUUGAAAUUAGAAACUAUGAUAGACUCUCACUUAUAAAUCUUACAUUGAAUAAGAUCAUAAUUGGCAUGACCUGGAUAUAAUUACGUAUUACAUUUUUUUGACAAAUUAUAUUGUGACGCAUUUAUCGUAUAUUUUGUGCAAAGGAAAGAUUAAAGUUACUUAUCAUAUUCCUA